CCACAGGAGUUGAAAGCUGCCAGUACCCGACCAGUCAGAACCCCCCGUGGUCCGCGGCGAGCACUCUGUCCAUCCACGGCAUAUUAGAACUCCUCUGGACAUGCAUCUGCUUGCUGUAACGGCCUAGUGCAGCACGGGAAGUCAAGUGACUCAAGCCACUCACAGCCCACCGAUCGUGGGUUAGGACUCUCGGGCGAAACUGGCAACCAACCCACCAACCCAUCAAGAGAGUUUCCAGCCAGCUUUACUCUUGGCCAACUCAUCUUUUUUCUCUCUGCCUUGUUCAACAAGUGAACUUGGCCUUAGUUUUCCAUCGUCAUAAUAUCCAUCACAUUAAACACAUGGCAUGCUAACCCAUUCCGGUUCCUUCUUUCAAAACAUCCUUUUUAUUUUUUUAUUUUUAUUGUUUUUUACCUCUCCCAUGAUCCCGCUUGGCCAUCCGACAAGACGCCUCCUUCUGCUGGAUGGGCGCGGCGGGAAGCACGGAAGUGUAAGCCAGACGACAUGUCAUCCCAAAACUCGGUACACUUCCAACUGGAAAAGGGAAGCACUUUGGCCCCAUCCUUUCAUCCAUCAGGCCACACCGAGACAUGCUAUACUCACUUAUAAUAGCACAUUCGCCUCAAAAAAACAAAAAAGUGUCCGUGUAAAGUCCAGACCUCUUCCAGUUGGCUCACGCUUCAGUGCUUCCACCCACCCUCAUCGCAAACAGGGUGCCUGCAUGCAUGCCCAUCACGAUGGGAUUCGCUCUCGCGACUUCCCAUGCCAUGCUGUGCUGUGCCAUGCCGUGCCCAUGGCCUCUAUCCAGGCCAAGCCGGUUGCUUUCUCCACACACACGCUUCCAUGCCCCAAACCACACAACGCCCGAUGCGUCCCUACCUUACAACCCCAUCCUCCGCCGUGCCGCAUGCGUAAUAAGGUGACAACGGCGCAAACAGCCCCCCCCCCAUGCAAGUCCACCUCACUUUCUCUCAAGUUUCUCUCCGGGAUGGUUCCCCAACGUUGGGAGUUCGAAUAGGAAGACCCGGUUGGAUACACUAAAAAACUCCGCAACCUUUUUCUCCCCUUGGGCUACUGUCCGUAGAUUGGCUGGUCAAUACUUCAUCGCUACUUGGUGAUCACCCCCUUUUCAUAGUUAUCUAAACCAAGUAUCUGGUCUCCGUAUCCGUACACUACUGUCACUACAUGACAUCGCGCGCGUCCCAUCCCGAACCCUCCUCUAGGCUC